AAACUAUAUAGGGUGGAGCUGAAAUCAGAUCAAUGACGGGUGGUUGAAAGGAGUGUUUGUGAUUAUAUUAUUUUGACUUUUUUGUCUUUUAAUUAUGGUAUUUAAAUCAUAAUAAAAACACAUUCAAUUAGUAGCAAGCUUCUUGUAAACAAUUUUUACCAAAAAAUACUAAUUUUACACGAAUAAGUCUCGAGGGUCUCGAGUUAUGUUUCUGAUGCCGAGUUUUGAUUAGUGUGUCAGUGAUUGACAGGACAAUUAAACCCAAACACAAGACUAUAUUUUCCAGAUUAUGACAGGAGAAGAUACGGAAAUAUGUGGGUUUAUAGACGUAAAACUCCCGGGCAACAAAGGAGUGAGUCAAAAAGUGAAAAAACGAACAUUAGCAGGAUGGAAAGCGUGGAAGAGACAUUGGUGUGCUGUGAGGAAAAUGAAUGGAAAUCAAGGCAUCGAGAUUGUUUUGGAUUACAAUAUUGCCAGUGCAAAAUCAGUUGUUCCAAAUGAAAAGGAUAAUCGAAUAAAAAUUUCGCCCAAUUCUCUAAUCUAUCGAACUGAAUCAAAGACGAAGCAAUUUUCAUUUGGCAUUUUUACUCUAAAAGAUAAAAAACCACUUUUAUAUUUAUCCGGAGCUUCCGAAACUGAUACUCAACGAUGGAUGGAGAAUUUACGACAAUUAUUGAGACCAAGAAAACAUCGCUUUAUGGAAGGAUCACUCAGUAUUUCGAUUAUAGACAAUACACAUUCCAAAUCUAGUGGUUUAACAGGUCUUCACGGUGAUUUAAUAGCCAGUAAUUUAGGAGUAUUUAUAAAAGACGCUCAUUCAGGAGAGAUAGUACAAAAUUUCGAAUGGAAAGAAUUUAACGAAUUUCAUUUAUCGACAAACGGUCGUCCUGACGAUGUGAAGAGAAUUUGCGUCAUACACACAACAAAAGAAUUUCGUGGCGGUGUCGGUGAACUUUAUAUAUUUUGUCUAAACGCUCAACGAUUAUUGCAAGAUUUUGUAACGCAAGGUCGUGGUCCAAAGCACAAAAUUUUUGCCCAACGGCCAUUGAGUCGUAGUGAAGGUGAUCUCAGGAUAUCAAUAUACAAUGACGAGGAUAAUCAAUCUUUUCCAGCAUUAAAAAGCAAAGCCACUUCGAGUCUGAUAAAUGCAGGUCUCGGAUUAAUUCUCUCAUCGAAAACAAGUCGAGACAAUAGUGAAGCAUUACAAACAAAAAUUCAUACACGUGCAAUUGACAAUGUCUAUGAAUCAGAACCAGCGUCAAGUAAUCCAAAUUUUGUCGCCAGUUUUGAUCAAUUAAAAAGUCCCUGUCCAAAGAGAGUCUCGAAUAUUUCAAUAGCAUCGGGAAUUUAUGAGGAGAUUGUCGAUGAUGGAAAAAUAACGAUAAAAAAUAAAACGGUUCCAUCACAUUUAUACGAGGAUCCCGAGGAUGUUAUUCUAAAUUCGGAUAUUUUACAUUUUCAACCACCGCCUCUACCACCACGACAUCAAGGCGCUUCGAAUUCUAAAAAGAAUGGAAGUCCCAGUGAUGAUGGAUUGGAUUCGGAGGGAGGGACAAGAUCUACAACGCCAAAUACUCAAUCGGAUGCGACACCAACUCCCGAGGAAAAGGUAAUAAAUCGCAAUUUAAUCGAUACCUCUGAUUACGUUCCAAUGUCACCCUGCAUAAAAAUCACGCACAAAUCUGAAGAAUUAAAUACAUCACAAGAAGGAGUUUAUAUGGUAAUGCGAUAAAAAUGCUUUCACUCAUUUCAAACUUUGAAAAGAAAUUAUAUCCGUUCGAAAAUUAAAGGCUUCGCACUUAUCUUCUAAAACCUUUUUUUUCUAUUUUUUACUAUUUUUCUACUGCUUUCCUAGUUUUGUGCCACUGAAAGCUAAUUUUUUUCUAAUGAAAAUAAUCACUACUUAAAAUCUGCUAACAGUUGAAAUAAAAAAAUUAAUAUUCCUUUUCCUCAAAAUAAUAAUUAUAAAUUCAGGAAUCACCAAUUCACCUUAAAAUUUUCCGUUUUAUAUAAAUAUAUUAAUUUUAUCACUAAAUUUAACUUUAUUAAUUCAAAUUAAUAUAAUUUAAUCUUUGUCGAUUCACAUUUCAAACGAUUAAAAUUUUACCUGCUAAUAAAAAACUACAAUUGACUAAAAUUAAAAUACAUUAAUUAAUUUCCAAAGUAAUUUAUUUCAUCUAACGUUUUUUAACAACUUUUUUGAAAAAUAAUUUACUUUCUCAUCUUAAAAAUUUUAAAAAUAUAAAUAGAGGUACAAUUGCAAUUU